GAAGAAGAAGGAAGGGGUUGAGUGCAUUUUACGAAUGCCUUGUACAACUCACCUACAAGUCCAUGAAGGAAACCUAACAGCCCAAGAAGAAGAACGAGUGCUGAAUUUGUUGACGAUUCUCCAUCCAGAAAGGUCUACAAUUUCACUUUAAUUUCUCUCUGCUCGAUCACUGAUCAUCCACGCCUACUCGCUAUGGCUUCCGAUGGAGCUCUUCCGAGCGACGUGGAAACUCUCGCCAGUUUGGAGAAGAUCAAACGUCAUUUAGCUUCUAGCUCCGGUAGAAACCUACUGCAGGGUCCUCUUCUCAAGCGAUCAGAAACACUGAGAAAAUGGAAUGAGAGAUGGGUCAUCCUAGAUCCUACAACUGGAAAAAUGGAAUACAAGGUAAGGAGAAAUGAACCAGCUGUUAAAGGAACCAUUAUCUUUGAUGCCAAUAGCACGAUCACAAUAUCUCCUGUGAACUUCCAUGGACUUCCAAAGUAUGAUGGUUGCUGUUUAUACGUUGGGACACCACAGAGAAAAGACUACUUCCUUUGUGCAGAAACUCCUGGUGCAGCUCGUGCUUGGGUGUCAACAUUACAAGCUACCCAGUUAGUCUUGAAGGCCCACAAGGAGGCUGUCAAUUCUUUGAGUGGAAAUGGUUCUUCUCAGCUAGGAACAGUUGCAACUGUAGUUGCUGCUGCUAAUUCAACAGCGUUGGAAGCUUCUAAAGAAAUUGAGACAGCAAUGCAAGUCACCAUGAGACAUGCACUAGGUGCAUUGACGAGCAGACAAAUUGAUGGCCCUAUGGAUGAUCUCACGGUUAUGAAGGAAACACUCCGAGUAAAAGAUGAAGAGCUACAUCACUUAGCUAGGGAUAUUCGGGCUCGAGAUUCAACAAUAAUGGAGAUUGCUGAAAAACUAUCUGAAACUGCUGAGGCUGCCGAGGCUGCAGCUUCUGCUGCUCGUACGAUGGAUGAGCAAAGGAAGAUUGCUUGUGCGGAGAUUGAACGUUUGACCAAAAGUUCAGAAAAGAACUUUGAAUCAUAUAUGCGAAAGGUGAAGGAGUCGGAAGAGAAGAUUAUUGGUAUAAGUAAAGAACGAGAUGAACUAGUUAAGCAGAGAGAAUUGGCUCAUGAGGAGGCGCAUUUAUGGCGUUCUGAACUUGCAAAAUCCAGAGAGCGAGUUGUGGUAUUAGAAGGAGCAGUGGUUAGAGCCGAGGAAAAAGUUAGAGUAACGACGGCCAAUGCUGAAUCUAGAAUAAAAGAAGCUGCGUUAAGAGAAGCAAGUUCUUUGAAGGAGAAGCAUGAACUUCUUGCAUACAUCAAAAUAUUACAAGAACAACUCAAAAGACAACAAGUUGAGGAUGCAGAGGAGCAAGUGUGUGAAGAGAAAAUGGAGUCGAGGUCAGAUAACAGUACGACGAAACAUGUUAAUCCAUCUGAAGAGGAGAAUGUGGACAAAGCAUGCUUGAGCGUUUCUUCUUCUUCUUCUAGAGCGAUUCCAGUUCAUUUGGAGGUUAAUGAAACCACCAUGGCCAGGCUUAGAGAAGAAGAAGAUUCUAGCGAAUGGAAUGAUAUUGAAGCUACUACAGAGGAAAGUAAUAAUAAUGUAGAAGAGGAGGGAAGAAGAAACAGUUUAUUAUUAGAUAUAUCAUCUGUGGUUAGCCAACCAGUAAAUGGUCAUCAUGACCAUCAACUGCACUCCCACCAUCAGCCUUGAUGAAUAUCUUCUCCUUUUAAGGUACACAAAAUGACAUUUUGAGUUUGAUUCUCUUCUCCUUUAUUUUUACCCACACUUGUCAUUGUUGUUAACUUGUUCAAUAUAUGGAUCAUAUGCCCACAAAACAAAACUGUAUUUUUAUUUUGAUGUUAUAUUUCUAAUUUAUGAGGCUGGUAAAUUACUCAUAUAUAUUUUUAUAAAAUAUGGUU